UAUUGAAAAAAUAAUAAUAAAUAAGAACAACUGAAUAUUUUUAUAAAAAUGGAAAAAAUUUUUGGAGUAUUGGAAAAAGAAUACGAUAGUAAUGAUUUAUAUCAACAAGUCGUACGUUCAAUUGGUACUAAUGAUGGUAUUCUAAAAAAAAUUUAUAACAAUGAUAAAGCGGCGUUUGAUAGAAAUAUAGUAAAUAAAAUAAUACAAUUAUGUCAAAAAAAAGAGUACGGUAUAAAUGAUCUACUUGAAUUAGAAGACAUUGUUAAAUUGUCAAUAUUCACAGAAUAUAUUGAAGAAAAAAAUAUCGAACGUUUAAGUAUAUUGGAAAAAUAUUUAGAUGCUUAUUUAUCGGCUAUUUGUAAAUACAAAAAUUUAAACUUUUUUAUGAUACGUAAUAAAUUAUUGCCACUAUUACGUGUUAGAACAAAGCCACCGGUAGGUGAAUUAGACAUUCUAUCAAAGGGCAAAGUUAUUAUGAAGUAUCCCGAACUUGUUAAUAAUCGUAAAAUUAACAACAAUGUUGACAUUGCUCAUAUGAUACGAGCACAACAAUUACACGUCCGUAAUUCCCCAUGUGAACGAGUUACUUAUGUCGAUUGUAAUAAUUCAUUUGGUAACAAACAAAUUGUAUUAACUGGGCCUAUUUUUACCACUGUUGCUACAGGUAUGAUUAAUUUACAAAAUACCAUGUUGAAAAAUGAUAAUGAUAUGGGGAUUAGUGUUAAACCAUUUUUAGAAGUUAAUACCGUCAAUUGGGAUGUUUAAUUUAUUUAAAAAUUAUUAUUUAUUUCAAUUUGUUCAAAUGAAUUUUUAAAUUAUAAAUAAAUGAAUAAAAAAUUUUUUCAAGCAUUUGAAGACAUGCGCAUGGCUCGCAUUCAUUUUGAUACGAUUUUAAAGAGACGUGAUUUUGUGUUACUUAAAGGGGUGCCAGAGACGUCCCCAAGUGAAAUAAAUGCUAUACGUAAUUUCUAUAAAACUACAAAUUAAAAAAUAAAAACAAUUUGAAAUGAGAAAAAAUUUAACAGGAGAAUGCAUCGCAGUUACUAAUUUGAAAAGAAUAGAAAGUACCGAAAAAAAAAAAACAUCGAAAAAAAUGUUUGAAUAAGAUAUUGUAUCAAGAUAGAAUAAAUCUGAAGUAAAAUUUAAAAAAUAAAAAAUUUCUGCAAUACAAAAUAAAUUCGAAAAAAAAAUCCCGUAAAAUACA